AGUGUUCGUGUGGUUCUGAUUCAUCUGCUAUGGUUCACAAACCUUGAGAUCUGAGCAGUACAGGGUCUUUUGCGAUGACAAUAUGACUAAUAGUAAAGGAAGAUCUAUUACUAAUAAAACAAGCGGUGGCCCAAGUAUUGGAGGAGAUUUUGUAGAUUGGACUUUAAAUUUAAAUACAAUUCAAUCUGAUAAGUUUUUAAAUUUUCUGUUGAGUAUGGUUCCAGUAAUUUACCAGAAAAACCAGGAAGACAGGCACAAGAAAGCAAAUGGUAUUUGGCAGGAUGGAUUAUCAACUGCAGCACAGACUUUCAGUAAUAGAUCUGAGCAACACAUGGAGUAUCACAGUUUCUCAGAGCAGUCUUUUCAUGGCAAUAAUGGGCACACACCAAGCUGUAGCCAAAAGUACGAUGACUAUGCCAAUUAUAAUUACUGUGAUGUAAAGGAGACUUCAGAAACUACUGCCAUGUUACAAGAUGAAGAUAUAUCUAGUGAUGGUGAUGAAGAUGCUAUUGUGGAAACAAACCAAAAACUACCAAAAGAAUCCAGUGGCAUCAUGGCAUUGCAAAUACUUGUGCCAUUUUUGCUAGCUGGUUUUGGAACAGUUUCAGCUGGCAUGGUUUUGGAUAUAGUACAGCACUGGGAAGUGUUCAAAAAAGUAACAGAAGUUUUCAUUUUAGUUCCUGCACUUCUUGGUCUCAAAGGGAACUUGGAGAUGACAUUGGCAUCCAGAUUGUCCACUGCAGUAAAUAUUGGGAAGAUGGAUUCACCCAUUGAAAAGUGGAACCUAAUAAUUGGCAACUUGGCUUUAAAGCAGGUUCAGGCAACAGUAGUUGGUUUUCUAGCAGCUGUGGCGGCAAUUAUAUUGGGCUGGAUUCCAGAGGGAAAAUAUUACCUUGAUCAUUCCAUACUUUUGUGCUCUAGCAGUGUGGCAACUGCCUUCAUUGCAUCUCUUCUGCAGGGAAUAAUAAUGGUUGGGGUCAUCGUUGGUUCAAAGAAGACUGGUAUAAAUCCUGAUAAUGUUGCUACACCCAUUGCUGCUAGUUUUGGCGACCUUAUAACUCUUGCUAUAUUAGCUUGGAUAAGUCAGGGUUUGUACUCCUGUCUUGAGACCUAUUACUACAUUUCUCCAUUAGUUGGUGUCUUUUUCUUGGCUCUAACUCCUAUCUGGAUUAUAAUAGCUGCUAAACAUCCAGCCACAAGGACAGUUCUCCACUCAGGCUGGGAGCCUGUUAUAACAGCUAUGGUUAUAAGUAGCAUUGGGGGCCUUAUUCUGGACACAACUGUAUCUGACCCAAACUUGGUUGGGAUUGUUGUUUAUACACCAGUUAUUAAUGGUAUUGGUGGUAAUUUGGUGGCCAUUCAGGCUAGCAGGAUUUCUACUUACCUCCAUUUACAUAGCAUUCCAGGAGAAUUGCCUGAUGAACCCAAAGGUUGUUACUAUCCAUUUAAAACUUUUUUUGGUUCAGGAGUAAAUAAUAAGUCUGCCCAAGUUCUACUGCUUUUAGUUAUUCCUGGACAUUUAAUUUUCCUCUAUACUAUUCAUUUGAUGAAAAGUGGUCAUACUUCUUUAACUAUAAUCUUCGUAGUAGUAUACUUAUUUGCUGCUGUGUUACAGGUAUUCACUCUACUGUGGAUUGCUGAUUGGAUGGUCCAUCACUUCUGGAGGAAAGGAAAGGACCCAGAUAGUUUCUCCAUCCCCUAUCUAACAGCAUUGGGUGAUCUGCUCGGGACAGCUUUGUUAGCCUUAAGUUUUCAUUUUCUUUGGCUUAUUGGAGAUCGAGAUGGAGAUGUUGGAGACUAACAAAUCCUACAAACUGCUCUCAAAUUACCAAGGAGGAAAACACAAAACAACCACUUACAGCUCUUUUUCAAAACUCAAAUCAGUAGUUUGACUUCUGCCAGGGUAAUCUUCACUUGGCCCUGGUUCAGUUAUAUGGCCUUAACAUUUUUUUAAGGAAUUUGUGUUGAAACCAGAAUGAACAGUAUUUGCUCUGCUUUUCAUAGAAUAAACGAUAAUUUGACAUAGACAUAGAUACAGCUCAAGAUCUGAAAUUAAUUAAAUAAGAAACAAUAUAGGUUGUUUACAAUGUGAAAUAAUUUUGAAACCACAAACAUAGCCGAAAUGUGCUUUAUUAUUGUUUGGCUUAUAAUGCAAGGUUAGAGGAAACAGCUCUAGUUUAGCCUUUUUUUUCUCACAGAUGUGUUGUACUGCAGAGCAUACUAUAAAAUGAAGGGUGCCCAACCAAACUUUUAUAGUUUUAAUUGUGCCCACUUCUGUGCUAGCUGAGGAUAAAUUUACCAAUUACUUGUUCCUAAAUUGACCUAAAUAUGUUCUGCUGAGCAUAAGAUAAACUGACUUUUACCUGCAUCU